CAUGGCACAACCCUAGUUCUGCCAUGUUCUGCCGGUUCUGCCGGCAGAACUGCCCGCAAAUAGUUCUGCCCACAACACUAUAUGAAGGUAGCUAUAACCGUACGUUCUUCCCAUACUCAUCGCAUCUCUAUCCCAUUCAUUGCACCAAAAAGUCUGGAGUUCAGCCACACGAUAAAUCGUUGCUAAUGUUAUCUUCGUUGUCCUUCCGGUUGUCACGUGGAGUGUCGACCACAAUAUAUCCUCCUAUUACACACGCACAAUCAUGGGGAAUGGUGUAUAGGCCGACAAUAACACGGCCCUUCAUUGACAUGUCGCAAGGUGUUCCAGGAACUCCUCCAUCCAAAGUCCUUCUCGAGGCUCUAUCACACUCAUCGUCUUCUCCGGGAUCAUCAGGGUACGGCGAUGUUGUUGGAGAAUCUACCCUUCGUUCGGCCUUUGCGGAGGAGAUGAAAACAGUAUAUGGACGAGAAAUGGAUGUUACCCAAGACGACAUUGCUAUAACGGCUGGGUGCAACUUGGCAUUCGUUGCGACUGUGAUGUGUCUUGCUGAUCCAGGAGACGAGAUUAUCCUGCCAGUUCCGUGGUAUUUUAACCACCAAAUGACCUUGAAUCUUCUCAGCAUCAAAACAGUACCACUAUACACUCGCGUUGAUGAGGGCUUCCUUCCUUCAACAAGCGACUGCGAGAAGUUAAUCAACUCACGAACAAAGGCAAUUGCGCUUGUGACUCCAAGCAACCCAACAGGUGCAAUUUACUCUUCGGACUUGAUUUCAAAGUUCGCCAAGCUCGCACAGAAACACAAGAUUGCUCUUGUCCUCGACGAGACUUACCGGGAUUUUGUGGAUACUCUGCCCCCGCACACCCUUUUCGCUCCAGUUCAGACUGAGUUGUUGAAGCCCUCAUCGUCAUGGAGAUCAAACAUCAUUCAUCUCUUCUCCUUUUCCAAGUCUUACUGCUUCCCUGGACAUCGGCUGGGUUUGAUUGCAGCGUCACCCGACUUCUUGAAACACGUCACCACCACACUCGAUUGCCUACAAAUAUGUGCGCCACGCCCUCCACAAUUAGCUCUCACUUCUCCAGGCUUGCUACCUAUAUUGCGUCAGUCAAUCCAAGCCAAUGCUCAAUCACUUAAAAUACGCCACAAUAUCUUCCGCACGCAUCUCCCUCCCAAUUGGACGAUCGGAUCGCAAGGCGGUUAUUUCGCCUUUGUAAAGCACCCUUUUGUCGGGAUCCCUGCAAUUACAUUAUGCCAACGACUUGCGGAAGAACUCGGCGUUUUGGCCCUUCCCAUGCAGUUCUUCUGCGAUGACAGCAUCGGGCCUGACCUCGAGUCACUUGGUCAGUCAAAGAUGGAUUGGGAGCGCUGGAUUAGAUUCUCAGUGGCGAAUGUGAGUGAUGACUUGGUAAAACAAGUAUGUGAGCGACUGCAUGAGUGCGAGCGCCAUCUCGGUUUGAAAGCAGAGUAGUCCAGAUUAGUUCGUGCCUCCAGAUGCCACUUGUUGCCACGGAGUAGGAUUUUGCCGCAGCAUCUUGGGGACAGGGGACUGCUCAGAAUGAUCCGUACCUUUGUUUGUUGACAACCAGUACCUUACGGCAUGACAUGAGUCACCCAAGCGGUGAGGUACCCAUAGGUGUAUGAAAUGGAGUUUGAGCGCAUAC